AGGGGGCGGAGCCUUGAUUUUGCAGAAGUGGACAGCUCCUCUCGUCGAUCCGAAACGAGCUCGCUAUGACGGCGCACGGCUUAGCGUUACCGAUGAUCCUCUUCUCCAUCUUCUGGGGGCUCGUGGGAUUUGCGGGUCCGUGGCUGGUGCCGAAGGGGCCCAAUCGCGGAGUGAUUAUUACCAUGCUGGUGACAACUGCUGUCUGUUGCUAUCUUUUUUGGCUUUUAGCAAUUCUUUCUCAAGUCAAUCCUCUCUUUGGCCCUCAGCUGAAGAAUGAUACCAUCUGGUAUGUUCUCUUUCAGUGGGAAUGACCUGGGCUGUUACAGACCAAUUUCAUAGGCUUCACCAGCUGAAUGCCCCUUCCAGUUGAAAGUGUGAUGGAUCUUUUACAACCCGUUUCCACUACAGUGACCAUUCCCUGCCUUCCAAUUUUAACUGAUACAUUGGCAUAUAUCAUCUUAAAUGUUAUUAGUAAGGACCCUCCCUUGGUAAUUGCAAUAAGUAGUACAGUACAGUACAGUAAGUAGUUGUAUCCUUGAGAUUGAAUCACUGUUGAUAAGAGCUUUGCAACAUCCUUCUGAAUAAGAAAGAACUUUUCUCCAUUUCCAAUGACAUGGUAGAUUUGUAGGUUUCUCUGCAUUUUUAUUUUUGCAUAGUUUCUUCUGUCAGAGUGUAUUUGCCUAGACAUUUCUAAUUGUCCAUAUUAACUACCAGUUGUAAAUAUAAAUAUGGUAUAAACUUGUAUUGUGAAAAUUAAAGUAGUUUGUGACCUUUUAUAGGUGGGGUCCUAUUGGGUGAGUAUAAUAAAACUGCUGAUAUCACUUGUAUCAUUUUAAAGAACAGUGUCAACAAAAUCAAAUUUCGGAUGAGAGAUUUUGUUGCAAGGCGUGAUUUCACUCUAGCUGCUCAUGACUGAGAGCGAGUUUAGUCUGGUUAGGCACUAGUGUUGAAGCCAGGACACUAACAUGAAAGCUGAUUAGGUGACUCACUCUCUCUCUCCCUUGAACUCAUUUUAGAAGGUUGUUAAUGUGGGGAAAAUAGGAGAAAGGAGUAUUAU